UCCGCGGGUAUCCGUGCCCGCCUUGCUGCGCACCAUACUCCCCAUCAUCCUCAUCCUCAUCCUCAUCGCUUAACCCCCCCUGGUGAGAGAUAUAAUCCGGCGGUGCUUGGUUCGACGAUCGACUCGACGGCGGGGUGGAUUCGCGGUCGUAGGGUGCUGUCAGACACCAACAAAAAAGAGAGCACCUCGUCAGCAGCCAACCAGUACAGUACCCACGGACGCAACCUCCUCCUCCUCCUCCCUGCCAACCGCCAUGAAUUACUUACGUGGAGAGAUCGCAGCGGAGUGCAACGAAUCCGACAAAUGCGGCUCGUGAUGAUCGAACGCCCCGUACGGGUUGUUAUCCUCGUCGUUCCACAUGGAGGCUGGCGGCCCGAAAUCAAAGCGGCCUGGGGGGGGAAAGGGAUUAGAAAACACAAAGACGACUCCAGAGACGAGCCACGGUUAUCGACAAGACAGUCUAAGCCCAGCUACAACCCACAGCAGGCACUGACAGAGACCCUGCAAGGCAGCGAGGUUGGGACGGGGCCGAGCUUGUCCCACGCAGCGGUCGGAGACGGCGGGGGAUUCGUUGAUUCGGUACGUCACUGCGCUGACGUAAUGUAUGCUCUAGGCCGUGCUUGGACUAGUUGCUGGGCUAGCCGGAUCAGGAAUGGUUUCAUUGACGGCUACGGAUAUACGGAAAUCCUGUCGGAUAUGCGGAUCUACUAUACUACUAAUCGUUCAACUCCUCCUGAGCAACCCUGUAGAAUGAAUAGCAGACUACCUACUACCUAACUAUCUAGUACCUGGUAGUGGCUCAGUACAGA